AUCGAUUCUGGGUAGGUCAACUUGAACAGUCUGACCCAAAAUGGCGGCGCCCAUGUUGAAGUCUUUGUUUUUAAGGAAAUGUUUGCGAUUACAGACACGAUCGUCACAAUUAACAUUGUAUUGUGGCAGACUCACAUCCACACAAGUCAUGAAUUAUGAUUCGGGUCGACCUAAGAAGCCCAGGAAUGAAUACUUUGUGUUCCUGUCUGAGAUGUCACCACAAAUUAAGGAAGAGAAUCCUAAUUUCACAAGAAAGCAGACAUGCAAACGAGCAUCUGAACUGUACAGGAACCUCUCUGAAUCAGAACUGGAGUAUUAUAAACAAAAAGCUAAUUUUGAUGAAAAAUUAAAAGAGUGGAAAGAAUCCUUGUCUGAUACAGAUAUAAAGAAAAUGAAAGAUGAUUGGACUGAAAGGCAGAAAAGGAAAUCACUUAGCAUGUUGAAAAAGGAGUGGAAAAAUAAUUUGAAACCUGAAAGGCCCUUUCCAUCAUUUACCAUGUACCUGAUCGAAGAGAAAACAAAGAACCCUACCAAACCAUUUCAUACAAUCAUCCAAGAGUGUAGAAUAAAAUGGAAUGAAGUGAGAUUCAAACAACAAAAACAGGCAUACUUCUGCAGUCAUAAAGAACAACUGGAGGUAUACUAUAUUAAUACAAAGGAGUGGGAGGCCAGAAUGGUGGCUGAGGGCAAGGCACACUUGGUCCCUAACAAAUCUCGUGGACAAUUUAGAAACAAACUAAACAACUUAGGUGUGAAAUGGCACAAGAAAUGACAAAUAAUUAAAAGCACUUUAUGUUUACAUAUUUUGUAUUUCAGGUCUGUUUUUGUGAUCUCCAUCGUUUGCUUUUAAGCAAUGUGUGCAUUAAGUUUUGUAUUUGAUCACUUUUGUGUACCAGCCUAGAUUUGUGAAGGUGACUCAUGUGUUCUCAAAUUAAAAAAGUCAUGACCCA